AUGGUCUCCACGGAGUUUCGCAUUGAAACCCCUCGUCUCAUCGUCUCACAUCUCGAUUCGUUACAAGAUUCUCAUUGCGACUUUCUAGUAGAUCUAUACGGCAGCGAGCAAAAUCGUUCUCGCAAUCCUGUCGCUACACCGAUGCCUGAUCGAGAGGCUGCACGCAGGAAGAUCGACUCAAAUGACCUCAUCUGGACUUCGGGCUAUGGUCGCUACCUUGUCAGCCUGAAAACGUCCACUGGCUUUAUGGCAGUAGGACCAGAUUGUGUACCAUUCUCCGAGAUGCUUAAGACAUACACCAAAAUUGGCGUAGUCUCCAUGAACCGCCGAAGGUUCGAGGGCGCACCAACCGCCCCAGACCUAGGCUUUGGUCUGCUACCUGCCUUUCAAGGUAAGGGGUUCGCGACUGAAGCAGCAGCAGCUUUGGUGUGUUGGCUCGAAGAGGAGAAAGGUCAGACCGAAUUUCUUGCAUUUUGCAACAAGGAAAACGAGGGUUCGAAAGCAGUGCUUCGGCACAUUGGGUUCGAAGAGAGGGGAGUGUGGAACAUCGGAGGCAUGUCUGCAGACGGGCGAGUUAUUGAUGGCAUGGUGUAUAGCAAGGGACUCAUGAAGAGUCGAGAGACUUAUGGUUUAAGACAACACCGAGGGGUUGCAUAG